UAUUUGGCGUCAGUCGUCUCCGAACCUCCCCCCGGGGCCCAUCGCGAACUCAUCAAAUACUCAAAAUAUUUACAAGAAUAAAAAUGGGUUUAGACAUUAAAUCUGUGUUAGUAGCCGAUGGAGUCGGAUCUAACUGUCAAGAAAUCCUCAACUCACAUGGAAUCCAUGUCGUCAACAGACCAAAAAUUUCCAAACAAGAACUUCUUGAAGAAAUUCCUAAACAUGAAGGUUUAGUGGUGCGAUCAGCCUCACAAGUGACCAAAGAGGUGCUGGAUGCGGGCAAGAAAUUAAAGGUGGUGGGCCGCGCCGGCGCCGGCGUCGACAACAUCGACGUCGCCGCCGCGGGGGCCAAUGGAAUCGGCGUCAUUAAUGCUCCCGGGGCCAACGCGAUGAGCGCCUGCGAGCUAACGUGCGGGCUGAUGCUGGCGCUGGCGCGGCACGUGGUGCCGGCGGCGUCGGCGCUCCGCGCGGGCCGCUGGGAGCGCGCUCAGUACACGGGCACCGAGCUGCAGGGCAAGACACUGGCCGUGCUCGGCCUGGGCCGCGUAGGUCGCGAGGUCGCUGUCAGAAUGCACGCCUUCGGGAUGACGAUCGUAGGAUUCGACCCCUUCGUGUCGGCCGAGCAAUGCAAGGAGUUCCACACAACCAAGAUGGAGUUGGAGCAGAUCUGGCCUGUGGCCGACUACAUCACACUUCACACACCUCUCAUUGACUCCACCAAAAAUUUCAUUAACGCCGUUGUGCUGAAGAAGUGCAAGAAAGGCAUCAAGAUCGUGAACGUGGGUCGUGGAGGCUUAAUACACGAGCGGGACUUACUUGAUGCUCUUAACGCCGGCCAGGUUGGCGCCGCCGCUUUAGACGUGUUCGAGCAGGAGCCCCCCACCGACCCCCUCACGCUGGAGAUCAUCCAGCAUCCGGCGGUCAUCGCUACCCCUCAUUUAGGUGCGUCGACGAAGGAGGCACAGGUGCGCGUGGGCCAGGAGAUCGCCGAACAGCUUGUGAACCUGGUGAAGCCGGGCACCUACCCCACGCCGCUCGCCGAAGUCACGCGAGUGUUCAAACAGUAGAUAACUUAUAUCUUACCCUGCUAGUUACGUGUAGCAAUGUACCUGUUGUAGAACAUUCAACUGUCGUGAGUACCAUUAUUUUCCAUUAGUAACAUUUUUGUCUUAAGCUGAAAUGGGGAUGCUGGCCGCGUAGCCAACAUGUCACUUACGCUCCGUAGCGAUCGAAACGCAACUGUGAGUGUCGCACUAAUAUGGAAGAGUGAUAGAGGGACACAGAACUUUUCGUUGUCGAAGCGAUAGCGAUUGUAACCUUGGCUAGGCCGGCUGUUCUUAAAAAUAAGUAUAACCUAACGGAAAAAGGUGCCAAAGGGUUUCGAAUAGGUUGGGUAGGGGUCCUCUA